UCAACUGAGUCCGAUAAUAUCUAAAUGAAACACCCUCGGCAAUUUGUCACGUCGUUCGAUGUGGUCGGGGUUUAACUGGACACGUGUGGGUCGCCCUCGUCCUGCCGUCGCGGCAAUUGAAGCAGAGCAGUGGCGCAGCGUUGCGACUUGCGAGCUCUCAAAAGAAGCGCCUUCUCCUGUAUCACCUCCGCCAUCUCUCUCGCUCUCUGCUGAAUUCUCAGCUGCAGCAGUUCGAGCUUUGAUAGCGAUCUGAGAUCCAUAAUUAUGCCACCAAAGAACCAGCAGCUGCAGCAAGAAGAAGCAGAGAUGAAGAAGCAGAAGAAGGGAGCUGCGAACAGGAAGCCCCACUUUUUCAAAGUCCUUCUGGGUGACUUCACCCACCACCUGAGGAUUCCCCCAAAUUUCUUGAAACACAUUUCGGGAGUAAAGUCCAAGAGGGUAAUCCUUCACGGCCCCAGCGGGAGCAAAUGGCACGUAGAACUCGGCCGGUCAACGGAAGACACAUUCCUGACCACAGGCUGGCCCAAGUUCGUCAAAGAUCACUCCCUCAACGAGUACGAAUUCCUCGUCUUCCAGUACGACGGCAACAUGCACUUCACGGUCUUGAUCUUCGACACGAGCGCGUGCGAGAGAGAAGACGUGUUCUCUGUCAAACCGGGGAGGAAGCCCCUUCAAUCUGAAGCGAAGAAGGAGAAGGAGAAGGAUAAAGGUUUGAGCUUACAGAUCAUCAAACACGAAGCACAGGAAUCCAAUCCAAUGGAAGAAGAGAGGCUGAAAGCGCAGCAAGCUGCGAACGCCUUCACCUCGCCGUUCCCUUUCAUCGUUCUCCGCAUGACGCCCACCCACGUCCACAGACCGUACCUGAAUGUCCCAAAUCGGUUUUCACGGGAACAUCUUCCACCGGAGAAAUCGAGCAUGGUCCUUCGUGACCCCAGCGGAAGGUCAUGGACCGUGAACUACAGCCCGAGCUUGAGGUGCCAGAUAGCCAAAGGGUGGACAGCCUUCGUGCGAGCCAACAAACUCGAGGAAGGAGACUUCUGCGCGUUUGAGCUCGUUGGCCCUGUCGAGCUCUGCGUGCAUAUCUUCCGAGUGGUCGAGGAAGCUUAAUGAUGCCUGGUAUCUUGUGAAUGAUUCGUCUGAAACCAUCAGAUUCAAACUAGCCUGCUACUUACUAGUAUUGAGGCUUUUGAACUAUAGCA